AUGACCAUUAAGGUGGAACAGGUACCAGACAUUGUUGCAAGUACGAGGGCUAGGUGUACGAAGCAUCAAGAACAGGCGGAUCCCGUGCAGCUGACUGCGUUACGCGACGCGGUCGUGGCCGAGAGCGAGGGUGAGCUGCUGCCUGCAGCUCCACCUAGGAAGAGAAAAACGAAUCCAAAACCAGGUGCAGCGAUCGCAGAGCGGGUGGGGCACGCGGGCAACGGCGACGGCGCGAGCCUGCCUGAUGACGACAAUGACGACGCCAUGGCGACGACGACGACGGCGGCGGCUGCUGCAGCGAACCUCUCUAGCAUGUCGAUUGGCCUCCCCGAGCCGUCGCCGCACCCCAGCGUGCGAGAGAUGCUCGAGUGUUCGCUCGACAUCACGUCGGCGACGAGCGGAGAGCGGCACGUGAUUCACCACAUCGACGAAGGGAGGACAAAGGGGGAAGGUGCACCGGGGCAGAAGGUGGAGGACGAGGAGGUAGAGAGGCAGAGACAUCUAAUGAAGGGUUGCUCGGUGUCCGGCGCACAACUCACGGACGAGGAGAUCCUGUUUACAUUUUGA